AUGCUGCGCAUCACGACGAGCGCCGACCGCGGCGGCAAGGGCGGAACAGACGCGACAGACGACGGGGCUGCCACCUCCCCCUCCCCGUCGCUUUCCCCCUCGCCUUCCCCUUUAUCCCCCGCGCUUUCCCCUUUCUCCCCCACGCCUCCGCCGUUCUCCCCGUCGUCCGCGUCCGCGCAAAUCAGCCGGCGCCGGCUGCACAUGAGCUACGACUUCGACGGGGAGAGCAGCAGCGGCGGGGAGGGCGGCGCAGGCGGAAGCGGAAGCGCGCGUCGAGUGCGGCAGGGGCACCGCAGCUUCUCCCACCGCUCCGGAGUGCUCUCCCCUCCCGAUACUUCCUCCUUAGGAUCGCCCGCCCCCGCCGCCAGGCCCGCCAGUCCCCUGGGCAGUCCGCGCAGAAGCGCGAUUGGGGGGCUUGGCGCGCUUGUAGAGGGUGGGGGCGGGGAGGCGGGAUUGGCGCUCAGGCCCUUGCGGCUGGGGAAGGGGAGUCCAGGCGGGGGCGCCGCAGUCGGACCUGCCGAAAGGUCAGUGGUGAGGAGGGUCGGCGGAGACGGGGGAACAGGCGCAGAGCUGCGUGAUAGCGGUGGCGCGGGGGAAGAGAGCCGGCGGAGUGGGGCGGGUUUAGGUAGUGAGGCUAGGGUGGGGGAGGAAGGGAGCGAGGUGGGCGCAGUCGGUGCCAGGGGCGAGGCUGCGCGGAGUGAUGUGCUCGCGGGGGCGCAAGAGGCGCGGGCGCAAGGUCAAGCGAAAGAGCAAGCGCGUGACGGGACAGCAGCAGCGGCAGCAGGCGCCCUCGGAACGCCCAAGUCCGCCCCCGCGUCCCCCAGCUGGCUGGGCGGGUGGGCGGGCCUGCUGCUGGGCGCAGGCGGGGGGGAGGCGGGCGUGGCGGAAGAGGGGAAGGGGGAGGCGGGCAAGGGGCAGGAUGGUGCAGGUAGAGCGGGCGGGCUGAGCUUGCUGUCCCCGUUCGCGUGGAAGGGAGGCAGGAUGUGGGGGGACGGCGGUAAGGGGAAGGGAGGGGAGGGGACGGGGGAAGGGGAUGGGACGAAGCAGGGGGAGGGAAGAGCGGGCGGUGAGGAGAAGGCAGCAGGCGGGGAGAAUGAAGGAGGGGGCAUGGGAGAGGCGCAGGGCUGGGGGGGACAGGAGCGCGCAGGGGAGGGAGACGAGCGGGAAGCAGAGGAAGGGAGGAAAGAGGAAGCAGGGGAGGCGGAACGGGAAGGCGUGAGGAAUGGGGAAGGGGAAGAAGAUGAGGAGCGUGCUUUGGAAAGAGGGGCGAGCAGUGGUGAUGCGCGGAGCAGGAGCGUGGAGGGCAGGGGCCAAGGGAAGGGAGCGGCUGACCAUGACAGUGACUUUGCGUUCCGAGCAGCGCAGUGGGGCGACGGUGGGGGUGGGCUACGGGAUGGGGGUGUGGGGGUGGUGGCGCAGGAUGGUGGGGUGAUGCGGGAUGGUGGGGUGUUACGGGAUGGUAUGGGGAUGGAUAAUGUUUAUAAUCCAAAUACGGAUGACUCUGAUAGCGAGGAUAUAUGGAGAAGUUGCAAAACAGAGCUAGGUGAACACGAGAAGGUGGAUAGCGAUGAUAGUGGCAGCAGCGAGCAAGCUAGUAACGAGAAUAGAGGGAACGUUGAGGCUCAUAGCGAUGGCAGUGGGCUGCUUGAGGGAGCCAAUAGUGAGGACGCUGGUAGUGAGGAAGCUAGUAGUGAGGACAGUGAGAGUGACGAGACUAGUAUGACGGAUGCUGAAAGUGAGAGUGAGAGAAGGGAGCAAAGGGAGCAAGACGGGGGGCAUGAAGGGUGUGGGGAGAGUGAGGGAGCAGUGGAUGGGGACGGGCGGGCAGGGCUUGAUGCCGAGAAGGGUGGGAGAGAGCUGGCUGCGGGGGAGGAACGAGAGGAAGAGGAGGAAAGCGAGGACGAUGAACGGACGGAGCAAGAGGAGGAGACAGAAGCACAGGGCGCGGCGGGGAAAGGGGAGGCGGGCGAUGAGGAGAGAGGGGAGGAAGGAGGGGAGAAGGUAGAGAGUACUAGAGCCCCUGGUGCUUUAGGUGGUCUGGUUGGUGCUAGUAUUGGUGCUGAUGGUGGUGGUGGUGAGGAAGGGGGGAAUUCUAGGACAAACGAUAGUGAGAACAGCAGGGCAGGGGGUGGCAGUGUCAGGGACGGGUGUGAGGAAAGGAGGGGAGAGGGUGAGGAGAGAGGGGGUAGACUCGAGGAGGAACAGCAGGAGAGUGAGGAGGCAGGGGAGAAAGUCGAGGAGGGAGGGACGGAGAGUGAGGAGAGGGGGGAGAGGGAGGAGAGGGAGGAGAGGGAGGAGAGGGAGGAGAGGGAGGAGAGGGAGGAGAGGGAGGAAAAGGAGGAGAGGGAGGAGAGGGAGGAGAGGGAGGAGAGGGAGGAAAGGGAGGAGAGGGAGGAGAGGGAGGAGAGGGAGGAGAGGGAGGAGAGGGAGGAGAGGGAGGAAAGGGAGGAGAGGGAGGAGAGGGAGGAGAGGGAGGAGAGGGAGGAGAGGGAGGAGCAGUGGGUGGAACCCGUGGGUGGCGGGAACGAGGCAACAGCGACUGGAGUGAGGGUUGCUGUGGGUGGUGCUGGUGCGCAGAUACAGAGUGAGAGUGAACGCAGUGAGAGUGAGAGCAGUGAGAGUGAGAGCAGUGAGAGUGAGAGUGAGGGUGAGGAAAAGGAGAGGGAGAAAGAAGGUGAGAGUGAGGGGAGUGAGGGAGAGAGUGACAAUGAGGGGACUCAGGGAGAGAGUGAGAGUGAGAGGGAGGGUGAGAGUGAGAGGGACGAGGGAAUGGAAGGGCAAGUAGAGUGUGAGAGAGAGGGGUGUUUGAAGGGUGUUGAAGCAGCACCACCGGUGAAGGCUGCUGUGGGUGUUGUGGAGGGGGAAGAGGGUGGGGGCAGUGAGAGUGAGGGGUCUGGGAGUAAGAGUGAGAAUAAGAGUGCGGAGGGAGGGGAAGGGAAGGUGGAGCAUGGAAAGCAGGAGGAAGAGCCUUGGGCUGAUGUUGACGCCACAACAGUGGCUGCACCGAUGGGUGGAGUGGGUGGUGUGGAGCGGGAAGAGAGUGGGGGGAGUGAGAGUGAGAGUGAGGGUACUGAGAGGGAUAGUGGGAGUGAGAGCGAGAGUGAGAAUGAGGAGACUAAGGUUGGGGAGAUUGAGAAUAAAGAGAGUGGAAGUAAGUUGAGCGGGAGUGAGGGAAGUGAGAGUGAGGAGAGUGAGAGUGAGAGUGAGGGAGAGGAGGGGAAGGAAGGGCAGGUAGAGCAUGAGAAAGAGGGGACCUUAAAGGGUGCUGGAGCGACCACACCAGCUGCAGCGGUGGGUGGGGAUCAGGAACAGAGAGAGGGGAGCGAGAGCGAGAGCGAGAGUGAGGAGAGUGAGAGUGGGGUUGAGGGUGAGAGAGAGGAGGGGCAGGAAGGGCAGGUGGAGUAUGAGGAGGGGCAGGAAGGGCAGGUGGAGUAUGAGGAGGGGUCCUUAAAGGGUGUUGAAGCGACAGCGCCAGCUGCACUGGUGGCUGCUGCUGUGGGUGGUGUGGAGCAGGAACAGAGUGAGGGGAGCGAGGGUGAGAGUGAGAGUGAGAGUGAUAUUGAGAGUGUGGAAGAAGGGGACGGGAAGGUGGAGCAUGGGAAGGAGGGGGAGGGGCUCUUGAACGGUGUUGGAAUCACAGCAGCAGCUGCACCGAUGGUUGCUUUGUGUGGUGUGGAGCAGGAACAGAGUGAGGGGAGUGAAAGUGAGAGUGAGAUGGAAGGUGAGAGGGAGAGGGAGAGGGAGAGUGAAACUGAGGAGACUAAGGAGGGGACGUUGGAUGGUAUGGAGAGCUCAGCUCCCCCUUCUGGAUCGAUGGCUGCUGCUGUGGGUGGUAAGGGGCAGGGACAGAGUGAGGGGAGCGAGAGUGAGAGUGACAGCGACGAUGAGGACGGAGUGGAGGGGCAGGUAAAGUGCGGUACGGAGGGGUGCUUAGAUGACGAUGAAGUGGCAGCGCAAGCUGCACCGGCGGCUGCUGCCGUGGGUGGUGUGGGUGAGGAACAGAGUGAAGGGCGUGAUAGUGAGAGUGAAUACAGAGGUGAGAACGUAAUGGAGGCGCAGGUAGAGUGCAGUUCUGAGCGGUGCUUGGAUGAUGAUGCAGCAGCAGCGCCAGCUGCACUGGUGGCUGCUUCUGUGGGUGGUGUGGGGCAGGGACAGGGUGAGGGGCGUGAGAGCGAGGAGACCAAGGGUGGGGAGAUUAAGGACAAGGAGAGUGCGAGUAAGUUGGGCCAGAGUGAGGGACGUGAGAGUGAGGAGAGUGAGAGUGAGAGUGUAGAGAGUGAGAGUGAGAAUGGGAGUGUGAGUGAAGAAAGCGAGAGUCAGAGUGAGAGAGAGGAGAGUGCGAAUGAGAGUGAGAGAGAAGAGAGUGGGAUUGAAAGCAAGAAGGAGGAGAGUGGGAGUGAGGGAAGUGGAGAGAGACAAGGGGAUGCAGGGGAGAUGAUUGAACAGGAGAAGGAAGGUGGGGGGCACAAUAGCGGGUGGGGUGAGACGGACGGUGGGAGUGAGACUGGGAGUGAGAGUGAGAGUGAGAAUGUGAGCGAGGAUGAGACUGCCAGCCAUGCCACCUGCAGGGCUGAAGUACCAGAGAGUGCAGCAGUGCUGGAAGUGCUGAGUCCAGUCUUUGCUGCUGCGCCGCACAGCAGACCCGCCCUGCAGGCUCCCUGGGACGACGAUGACGGCGAUGGUGAGAGUGCUCGUGGCCUGGUUGCAGCUGUGGAUGCAGCGGGUGAGGGGGAGCAGCAUAGGGGGAGGAACGGGGGUAGGGAGGGUGCGGGGGCAGUGCAGGACAUGUUUGUAGCAGAGGAGCUGGCGGCUGAGGGCGUGGAGGAGGGGAUUGAGGUGGUGGAGAGUGAGGGAGUGGGGACAGCAGUGGGGGGUAAAGUAACGAGGGCGGCAGUGGAGAGUGAUAAAGGGAGGGCGGCAGCUGCAGUGCAGGACAUGUUUGUGGCAGACGAACUGGCGGCUGUGGGCGAGGAGGAGGAAGGGAGUGGGGAAGUGGAGGAGAGUGAGGGAGAGAAGGGGUCGGCAACGAAUGAGGGAGUGGGGGCGGCAUUGCAGGGUGAUGCAGCGAGGGUGGCAGUGCAGGAUAUGUUUGUGGCGGACGAGGUGGCUGCUCUGGAGGUGCAGAAAGGGAGCAGGGAAGUGGAGAGCGAGGGAGUGCGGGCGGCUGCAGUGGAGGGUGAUGGAGGGAAGGCGGCAGUGCAGGAUAUGUUUGUGGCGGACGAGUUAGUUGCUCUGGGUGCAGCGGAAGUGAGCAGGGAAGUGGAGAGCGAGGGGGAAAAGAUGGCACAUGCGAGUGAAGGGGUAUGGGCAGUAGGGACGGGUGAUAGAGUGAGGGCGGCAGUGGGGAGUGAUGAAGGGAGCACCGCAAUGCAGGACAUGUUUGUGGGCGGGGAACUGAUUACCCUGGGCAUGGAAGUACAAAGCAGGGCGGUAGAGAGGGAUGAAGAGAGGCGGGCAGUAAAGAAUCAGGGAGUGGGUACGGCAGUGGAGGAGGGAAAUGCAGUAAGGGGGCCAGGGCAGGACAUGUUUGUGGCGGGGGAACUUUCUGGCCUGGGGGUGGAGGACGGGAGUGGGACAGUGGAGAGGGAUGGAGAGGAAUGGGCGGUGCAGCACGAGGGAGUGAGAAUGCGAGCGGCGAGUGAGAGUGAGAGAGGCGAGAAGCAGGACAUGUUUGUGGAGGGCGAGCUGGUUGCCCUGGGCGUGAAGGAGGAAGGGGGUGUGAAAGUGGAGAGCGAGGGAGAGAAGAGGGCAGGGGAGAGGGCGGCAGGGCAGGACAUGUUUGUGGCGGGGGAGCUGGUUGCUCUAGGCGUGGAGGAAGGGAGUGGGAAAAUGGAGAAUGAGGGAGUGGGGGCAGCAGUGGCGAGUGGUGGAGGGAAGGCGGCAGUGCAGGAUAUGUUUGUAGAGGGGGAGCUUGCUGGGCUGGGCGUGGAGGAAGAAAGUGGGCCAGUGAAGAUUGAGGGGGAGAAGGACGCAGUAAGGACUGAGGGGCUGAGGGCGGUAGUGGGGAGUGAUGCAGGGUGGCUGGCAGUGGGGAGUGCUGAAGAGAGGGAGGCGGUGCAGGACAUGUUUGUGGAGGGGGAGCUUGCUGGGCUGGGCGUGGACCGGGAGGGUGGGGAGAUGGAGAGGCAUGACGGGGUGGGGGUGUCAGGCAGAGAGGUGGGGGUGGAGGGGCAUACAACCGCACAACCGGUAUCGCCUGCUGCUGCCGCUGUGGCUGCUGCAGCUGCUGCUUCCACUGCUGCAGCUGCUGCCUCUGUUCUUCCCAUUCUGGCCAGGCCCCACGCCCCCCACAGCCACGUCCCCCACGCCCCGCACGCGCCCCACACCCCCCUCAGCCCCCCCACGACGCCCAAGAGCGGUGUGAGUCCGAACGCGCGGCAGCGCAUGCAGCGGGCGGCGAGGAAGCUGCAGUUCGUCACGUUCCUGCGCUCGCACAUGGGGGGGAAGGCGGAGGGCGGGGUUGGUGGGACACACGUGGGGAACAUGGCGGAGGGUGGGGCGCACGUGGGGGGAAGGGUGGAGGGUGAGGCGCAGGUGGGGGGAAGAGCAGAGGGUGAGGCAGGUGGUGCGCAGGUGGGAGGCAGGGCGGAGCAUAGGACUGAUGAGGAGCGACGGAAUGACCUUGAAGUCAAACUGGAGAGAGAAGCGGGGGUGGGUUGGGACGGCCCUGUGGGUGGUGAGGGGGAGAGCUUGGUGGUUGGUGAGAGCACAGCGAGUGUGAUGGAGGCGAUGCAGCGUGCUGAUGGUUCUCUGGGUGGUGGGGCGGACAGCUCGAUAGGUGAUGGCGCCACAGCACGUGUUGAGGAUGCGGUUGAGCGAGGGGGAAGGCUGUCUCCGGUUGGAGAUGCACUGGAGUUGCGGGAGGGGGAUAGGGAGGAGAUGGGGGCCGAGGCAGCAAGGGGAGGGAGAGAGGGGUCGGAGAGUGAAGGGGAUCGGGAAGAGGGAGAAAUGGAGGAGAGGGAAGAAGGAAGUGCAGAAGGAGAAGGUGGAGAGAGGGAGGAGGGAGAAGGGAGGGAAGAGGAAAGAGAGGGGAGAGAAGAGGUGGGAGAGGGGAGGAAGGAGGGAGAGGGGAGGGACGACGAGGGAGAUGGGAGGAAAGGGGAGGGACUGGAGAAAGAGAGUGAAGGGAAAGGGGAAGUGGGAGGGGAGAGGGAGAGUAAAACGCGGAAAGAAGAGGAUGAAGGCAAGGUGAGUGAAGUGGAUGGAGAGAUUGGGGAGUGUGAGGUGGAGGAAAGAGAGAAAUAUGAGGAGGAGGAUUCAAGGGAUGAGCAUGCAGGGGGGAAUGGUGUGUGGAGCAAGGGAGAGGAGGCAGGGAGUGAGAGGCAUGUGACAGAAAAUUCAAGGGCAAGUGAGAGACGGCAGGUGGAACAGUAUAUUGAGAGCGGUGAGGCGGUGCUACAGGCGGAGGAGGGGAGUGAGAAGAAGCAAGAGGUAGAGAAGGAAGGGAGUGCUUCGCCUGCUCCUGAUUCCCCAGCAUUCAUUCCGGAGUUUCCCACCUUUGGAAUUGCUGUCUCCAGCAUUCCGCCUGCCCUCCCUCCCCCUCCUCCUCCUGCAGCAGCUGUCUUGAGGGUUGGCGAGAGCGAGGUGGGGAAGAGUGAAGGAGAGGGAGAGAGGGCGGAGAGUGUAGAGGAGGGAGGGGCGGGAGAGCAGGGGGAGAGUGAAGAGAAGGGAGAGCAUGCAGGGAAGGGGGAGAGUGAAGAGGAGGGAGAGGAGGGAAAGAAGGGAGCGAAUGAAGAGGAGGGAGGGGCAGGAGAGAAGGGGGAGAAUGAAGAGAAGGGAGAGGAAGGAGAGAAGGGGGAGAGUAAAGAGGGAGAGUUGGUUCGACAUGAGGGGAGUGCAGAGGGGGUUGAGGCGGGUGAGGGCGAUGGUGGUGUGGUUUCCCAGAGACCUGGUAAAGAGGGCGAGGAGUGGGUGGGACAGGAGGAGGGGCAGGUUGAAUGCGGAGGGGGUGCACAGCAAGUGGGGCAUGUAGAGAGGCGGGUGCCGGCAGAGGAUGACUCGAGGCAUGAUAGGCGCAGCACAGCAGGAGCAGCAGCAGUGGCGGGCGCAGGAGCAGCGGCAGCAGCAGCAGGAGCAACAGCGGCAGCAGCAGCAGGAGUGGUGCCCGGGGCACUGGAGCCUCUGCAAUCAGCUGACAAGCUGCCCACCUGGCAGCCAGCAGACCAAUCAGAAGACGCCGACACCUCACACGCUUUUACUACUGGCAUCUCCUCCUUCCCAAGUACCGAAGCUGCUUCUCACAGCGAGUCACUCUUUAACGUGGAUGUUACAUGCCCAUCCCUCUCAACCAAUGCUGCAUCUCCAUCGCUCUCCCUCGAUGCGGCAUCCCCAUCCAUCGGCUCUCCCGUUGUCGGUGCUGCUGCAUCUGCUGCCAUCUCCUCUCUCCCUCAAGACAAGAGCUCCACCCAUCACCCAAACUCCGCCUACCCUCCUUCCCCCACCCCCAUCUCCCCUCAUUCCCCCGCCUCGUCCUCUCCUCGCAUCAGUGAUGCUGGGUCCCCCACUUUAGUUCCUGACUCCCCCACCUUUGGGCUCACUGGUACUCCUGCCAUUGCCAGCCCCACUUCUGUUGCUGCCACAGCCGCUGCUGCUGCCGUUCUGGGUGACCUGAGCACGGACUCGCCCACAUUCACCCCGGAUUCACCAACCUUCGGGUUCGCUGCCCCCAGCGCUGCCAGUGCUGCCGCUGCUGCUGCUGCUGGCGGGUGGGGGAGUGUCUCUGCAACGGCUGCAGGCGCCCUCGGCGAUUCCUCCCCCCCCACUGUGGAUUUCUGGCGUGCUGACUCUGCUGAAUCUGCUGACUCUGUUGACUCUGCCGACUCGACUGCUCUCGAUCACGAUGCUCUUGAUGGGCGUGACUGUGAUGCCCCCAGCGCUGCCAAAGCCCACACAGAGGAUGCUGCAGCUGGAGACCUGCUGGCAGGAGUGGCAAUGCAGGAGGCAGAGCAGGCGGGGCAGCAGGAGGCAGAGCAGGGCGGGCAGGGAGGCGAGCGAGUGGAUUGCCUGAUUGAGGACUCGGUGCACUCCAUGCUCUUUGGGGUGGGCUCCUUCUCUAUCACCCUCUCUUACCACCCUCUCUUACCACCCUCUCUUACCACCCUCUCUUACCACCCUCUCUUACCACCCUCUCUACCACCCUCCACCACCCUCAUCCCCCUUCCCUUCCGUUCACCACUCUUCCCCCACCACCCUCCCCCUUCAUCACACGCCCUUCGCUGUUCCGCGCGACUAUCCUGCCCCCUCUCAUAG